AUGAUCCCUCGUCUUUUUUCCCGAAUUACCCGUACCAAUUGUAAUCAAAUACGUACCAUGUCCACCAACCAACCAAUCAUUUUCAACCCUCCUACCGACCAAUAUGGCAAGGCUCACUUAAACGGCAAAGAGCUUGAAUCUAGUCCUAUCACUCAAUUCCAGAAGUGGUACCAAGAAGCAACAGAGAAAGUUCCCAGAAGCGCAAUUCCAGAAAAAACCACUUUCUCUACCGCUAGAUUGCCAUCAGGUAGAGUUUCUUCUCGUGUAGUUUUGCUCAAGGAGUUGGAUCAUAGAGGUUUUAUUGUGUACUCCAAUUGGGACCAGAGCAAGAAAGCUAAGGAUUUCGAAAGCAACAAAUAUGCAUCGCUCAAUUUCUUCUGGCCAUCGCUAGAGAGACAAGUGCGUGUGGAAGGUAUCAUGGAGAAAGUUAACAGAGAGACCUCUGUGAGGUAUUUCAACACUCGUCCUAGAGGAUCCAAGAUUGGAGCCUGGGCUUCUCCGCAAUCGCAGGUUGUACAACUGAGAGACGAACUAGAUGUUCUCUACAAGCAUUAUGAGGAGAAAUUUAAAGAUCUCGCAGAUGAUGAGAUUCCAUGUCCUGAAUUAUGGGGUGGUGUUCGUAUUGUACCAUUAGAGGUAGAAUUCUGGCAAGGCGGUGCUAGUCGUUUGCACGAUAGAUUCACGUAUGUGAGAGAAGAACUCGAGGGUGAGUUUGCUGUUCAUAGAAUUUGCCCAUAG